ACCCCGGCGGGGCCGCCAUUUUGGAGUCUUCUCUAAGGAGCUUCUACCGGCUUUAAGCGCUGGUGCCGCCGCUCCCCGCGGCCUGGCUGGGCGGAAUGAAUGUGAUAGACCACGUGCGAGACAUGGCGGCCGCGGGGCUGCACUCCAAUGUGCGGCUCCUUAGCAGCUUGUUACUCACAAUGAGUAAUAACAACCCGACAUUUCUUCGCUCGCCAAGGCUCAAAGAAGCCCAGUUCUAGUUUUAGACUUUCGUCCCACAUCUGAGAUUGAUCUUUCCUUUUGGGUAUAUCAGCAAGGUUCUCUUAAUCGCCCCCGAAAAUGGGAGACUUUCUUGGGGGUAUACUUUCUUUGUUUUCUAGUGAGUUAUUCUCCCCAUCUCAGAAGUAUCAGCUUUUGGUGUAUCAUGCAGAUUCUCUCUUUCAUGAUAAGGAAUAUCGGAAUGCCGUGAGUAAAUAUACCAUGGCUUUACAGCAGAAGAAAGCCCUAAGCAAAACUUCGAAAGUAAGACCUUCAACUGGAAAUUCUGCAUCUACUCCUCAAAGUCAGUGUCUUCCAUCUGAAAUUGAAGUAAAAUACAAAAUGGCUGAAUGUUAUACAAUGCUAAAACAAGAUAAAGAUGCCAUUGCAAUACUUGAUGGGAUCCCUUCAAGACAGAGAACUCCAAAAAUAAACAUGAUGCUGGCAAACCUGUACAAGAAGGCUGGUCAGGAGCGCCCUUCAGUCACCAGCUAUAAGGAAGUACUGAGGCAGUGCCCAUUAGCCCUUGAUGCCAUUCUAGGUUUGCUGUCCCUUUCUGUAAAAGGUGCAGAGGUAGCAUCGAUGACGAUGAACGUGAUACAGACCGUGCCUAACUUGGAUUGGCUCUCUGUGUGGAUCAAAGCCUAUGCUUUUGUACACACUGGUGACAACUCAAGAGCGAUUAAUACCAUCUGUUCACUAGAGAAAAAGUCCUUAUUGAGAGAUAACGUGGACCUCCUGGGAAGCUUAGCAGAUCUGUACUUCAGAGCUGGAGACAACAAAAACUCUGUCCUCAAGUUUGAACAGGCACAGAUGUUGGAUCCUUAUCUGAUAAAAGGAAUGGAUGUAUAUGGCUACCUCCUGGCACGAGAAGGGCGGCUGGAAGAUGUGGAGAACCUUGGCUGCCGCCUUUUCAAUAUUUCUGAUCAACAUGCAGAACCUUGGGUGGUCUCUGGGUGUCAUAGCUUCUAUAGCAAGCGCUAUUCCCGAGCCCUCUAUUUAGGAGCCAAGGCGAUUCAGCUGAAUAGUAAUAGUGUUCAGGCUUUGCUACUUAAGGGAGCAGCACUUAGAAAUAUGGGCAGAGUCCAAGAAGCAAUAAUCCACUUUCGGGAGGCUAUACGUCUUGCACCUUGUCGCUUAGAUUGUUAUGAAGGUCUCAUCGAAUGUUACUUAGCCUCCAACAGUAUUCGAGAAGCAAUGGUAAUGGCUAACAAUGUUUACAAAACUCUAGGAGCAAAUGCACAGACCCUUACCCUUUUAGCCACCGUUUGUCUUGAAGACCCAGUGACACAGGAGAAAGCCAAAACUUUAUUAGAUAAAGCCCUGACCCAAAGACCGGAUUACAUUAAGGCUGUGGUGAAAAAAGCAGAACUACUUAGCAGAGAACAGAAAUACGAAGAUGGAAUUGCUUUGUUGAGGAAUGCACUAGCUAAUCAGAGUGACUGUGUCCUGCAUCGGAUCCUAGGAGAUUUCCUUGUAGCUGUCAAUGAGUAUCAGGAAGCAAUGGACCAGUAUAGUAUAGCACUAAGUUUGGACCCCAAUGACCAGAAGUCUCUAGAGGGGAUGCAGAAGAUGGAGAAGGAGGAGAGUCCCACGGAUGCCACUCAGGAGGAGGAUGUGGACGACAUGGAAGGGAGUGGGGAAGAAGGGGACCUGGAGGGCAGCGACAGUGAGGCGGCCCAGUGGGCUGACCAGGAGCAGUGGUUCGGCAUGCAGUGAGGCAGGCAGCAGCUCCGUGGCCACACUGGCCUGCCCUGCUCUGAGCACUUCCAUGGACUGAAGGAACCCGUAGGAGCCUGCUCUCUGGGAGGACAAUGAUUCAGCAUGUGAUUGCAGCAGGGGUCUCUGCCCUUUGCUCUCUAUUUCUAGUAGUGACUUUAUUUUUAAAAACCGAGCCUGACCAACCUUCCAUAUAUCUCAACCCUCCCCUGCUCCAGCCAGGGAGGACAAGUGAGCACUCUUUAGAGGCCCAUGGACAUGUUGGCUUCUAGACAGAGUGCUUUUUAUAGAACUAAUUUCUAAAUCUGAAGCUCAAGGAAUAGACAAUGGGUUUUUUUUUUUUUUGUGACAUUAUGGAUGGGUCACCCAGAGCAAGAGUGUCAUCUCCCAACGGCCCUUUUAGAAAGGGUUUGCUAUCCCAGAAAUCACCAAUCUGGGUUUUCCAAACUUCCCUAGUAACCUUGCUUCCUUCUGCAAUGUUAGUAAUGCCUUAAGCUGACAAUUGCUAUUUUGCAGAACAAUUUUCCUAUUUGCUAAUCUGGUAACUUGCCUAUGAACCUGGGCUGGAUAUGAGAGACAGGUGUGACCUGGAGCAUGAACAGAGGUGCAGCUGGGGUGAUAACUAAUAAAACUUUUUUUGUACAGUAA